AUGGCUGGAGCUUUGAUCGGAGAGGCCUUUAUUUCUGCUUCCAUCCAGGUGAUUUGUUACAGAAUUGCUUCACCCAAGUUCGUCGACUUAUUUCGGCACAAGAAACUCGAUCAACCUCUCCUCAUGAAACUGAAGAGGACGCUGUUGACCUUGAACGCAGUGCUCGAUGAUGCAGAGGAGAAACAAAUUGAGAAACCAGCUGUGAGAGAGUGGCUUGAUGACCUCAAACACGCAGUCUUUGAUGCUGAGGACUUGCUGGAUGAGAUCAACUAUGAAGCCUUGCGAUGCAAGCUGGAAGGUGAAGUUCAAACAGCCGACAAAUUAACCAACAAGGUGCGGAACUUCCUCCCUACUUCUCGUAAUAAGUUUUAUCAAAGCAUGAAUGUUAAGAUACAAGAGUUGUUACGAAAAUUAGAAGACUUUGCACAAUUGAAAGGUGCUCUUGGUUUGACAGAAGUUGUUGGGAGGAAGGUUUUACAAAGAACUCCAACAACUUCCUUGGUUCAUGAACCUUAUAUUUAUGGUAGAGAAGAAGUCAAAGAAAAUUUAUCAAAAGUGUUGUUCUCUGAUGAUGCAAGCAAGGAGGAUGUGUCCUUCAUCACCAUUGUUGGAAUGGGCGGGGUUGGCAAGACAACCCUUGCCCGCAUGCUUUACAAUGAUGAUAAGGUGAAAGAGCAUUUUACACUUAAAGCUUGGGCUUGUGUUUCAGAAGACUAUGAUGCUAUCAGGGCUUUCUCUCUUCUUUGGCUUGACAAUAUGACAGCGAUGGGCCUUCCAUGGAUCACUCUCUCCCUUUCAAUUCUAAUCUCAUGA